ACAUUUCACAAUCACAAUGCACUCCCACGUGUGCUCCAUCUCUCACCGUCCAUUUCUUCCCAUCUUUCCAUCCAACGGUCUCACUCAUCCCUUUGGCCACCACCCUCGUCUUCUCCCUUCUCACAACCUCACUGCUCCUCUAUUAAACCGCCUCCACCUCCGCUGCUCUCUCCUUCCUCUCUCCUCCCUUUUCGUCGCCUGCUCCUCCUUCUCCUCCUCUUCUUCUCCAUCAUCUGAAGCCAAGAAUGGAGGACCUCAUCGUCGAUCUCCAUGAGAUCGAGGCCGUGAAGCUUGGUAACUUCAAGCUCAAAUCCGGCAUCUCCUCUCCUAUCUACAUCGACCUCCGUCUCAUCAUCUCCUAUCCUUCCAUCCUCUCUCGCAUUGCAUCUCUUCUUCACGCUUCUCUCCCUUCUUCGACCCAACCCUUCGACCUUAUCUGCGGAGUUCCUUACACCGCCCUUCCGAUUGCCACCGCCAUCUCGAUCUCCAAUUCUAUUCCUAUGCUCAUGCGCCGCAAGGAGGUCAAGUCUCAUGGCACUGCGAAAUCGAUUGAGGGGUCUUUUCGAUCCGGCCAGUGUUGCCUUAUUGUUGAGGAUCUCGUCACUAGUGGCGCUUCUGUGCUUGAGACUGCCGCCCCACUUCGUGAUGAGGGGCUUGUGGUCUCUGAUGCUGUUGUUGUUAUUGAUCGCGAGCAGGGUGGCCGGGAGAACCUUGCGGCUCAGGGUAUUACGUUGCAUUCGCUUUUCACUCUGUCGUAUAUGAUUGCUGUGCUUGUGAGCAAGGGGAGGGUUUCGGAUGCUGUUGCGAAGAAUGUAAGGGAUUUCUUGGACGGAAACCGACGGGUUGCGGUUCCCGUGGCACCAUCUGUGGAGAAUAAGGUUGUAGCCAGGGUUUCAUUCGGGGCUAGGGCGGGCAUGGCGAAGAACCCCACUGGGAGGCGAUUGUUUGAAGUGAUGGAGGAGAAGCAGAGCAAUCUCUGCCUUGCAGCUGAUGUUGGCACUGCUGAGGAACUGCUUGCAAUCGCAGAUGAGGUUGGACCAGAAAUCUGUUUACUGAAAACCCAUGUGGACAUCUUGCCAGAUUUCACUCCAGAAUUUGGUUCUCGUCUGCGUGCGGUUGCAGAAAAGCACAACUUUUUAAUCUUUGAGGACCGAAAGUUUGCUGACAUUGGCAAUACUGUAACAAUGCAGUAUGAAGGAGGUAUCUUUCGCAUUUUGGAAUGGGCAGAUAUCGUUAAUGCACACAUAAUUUCAGGACCGGGAAUUGUUGAUGGUCUUAAGUUGAAGGGUUUGCCUCGUGGGAGGGGACUGUUAUUGCUUGCUGAAAUGAGUUCAUCUGGUAACCUUGCGAAGGGUGAUUACACGUUAGCUGCAGUGAAAAUUGCUGAGCAACAUUCAGAUUUUGUUAUUGGAUUUAUAUCUGUCAACCCAGCAUCAUGGCAAUGUGGACCUAUAGAUCCUUCUUUUAUUCAUGCAACACCAGGAGUUCAAAUGGUUUCUGGAGGAGAUUCAUUGGGCCAGCAAUACAAUACUCCUUAUUCUGUUAUUCACGACAGAGGUAGUGAUAUGAUUAUAGUUGGUCGUGGAAUCAUAAAAGCAAGCAAUCCUGCAGCAGCCGCCAGAGAGUAUCGCAUUCAAGGCUGGGAUGCUUAUAGGGCUAGUUGUAAAUGAACUUACUGCCCAUUUUACGUGCAGAUUAUAUGUUUAACUGAUGGUGUCAAAGGAUCAUUGAAAUGUUCCUUAUACCAUUAUGGUAUUGUUAAUGAUCUGCAUUGUACGGUAUUCUGAUCCAAAGGCAACAGCAUAAACAUGAGUUCCUUGUUUUGGCGUAAUUCUAAUUCUUGGUUGUGGCCUCAUGUAAUUUGGAAUUUUUAAAAAUGAUAUAGCUCUGGUUUCUUGUUAGAGUAAUAAAGAGCACAUUUACAUUCUUAAUCA